AUGACGAAGGGUACGACGUCUAUGGCUUGCGCUUCGUGCGGCUACCCUUCGGCCAAGACCCGGAACUACCAAUGGGGCCAGAAGGCUAUCCGCCGGAAGACUACCGGUUCGGGUCGCAUGCGCCACCUGAAGACAGUGGCCCGCCGUGCUAAGAACGGUUUCCGCACUGGCACCGCCGCCAAGGCUGUGGCUGCCUAA